UGGGCCUGCCGUCAGUUUGAAUCUUGCGAUUCGUCGGGACGGUUUUGCCAAGUUGUUGGUGCAGCUUCCGGAGCCGGUGUACGGCACACGGUGGCGUUCUAGUGCGAUUCGUGUGCUUUCAGAAGCUGCUCGGAAUAUGGUAGUGUGAGGUAGUGUGUUGCUAGUACAUUUGCAAUAUACAGGUUGCUUCUGGUAUGUGUUGUGCGGAGUGAACAAAAUAGCAAAAUAGCAAAAAAACUGGAAGAUACACUGCAGUGGGCCUAAUGCGGAAUAAAACUCUUCGCGUACACGCAAACUACAACAACUUCUAAAAUGUGCACACAACUAAGCCAUCUAAAAAAAGGCAAAUAAUUGAUGAAACAUCAUCGAAACGUGGCAGUGUAGACACACACACACAAAAAACGGUGCAGUGCAGAAGUGAUGCUGAAACAGGGUGAAAAAUAAGAGAAAAAGAGAGAGAAAGGGAGAGUGAGUGCAAAAAAAAGUGUGCCAAUCAGUCAGUGUUGAAGAAAGCUCCGUGGCAGAGUGCAAGUGAAAAAAAAAAGCCAAGAGAAUGAAAAUAAAAACCUUCCCUUCCCAUGCAGCAGUCCUGUCAAGCAGUUGAAUAAUUAAUUACGCAAGAAGAAUAGCGUCCGCCAAACUGAAACGCCGCACCAGUUUAGUGAAGUGUGAUUGGGAUAGAAACGAGCCGGAAAAGGAAGGAAGGAAGUAGGUUAGUGGCUAGCGGCGAGCUUGUCAAAGCAUAAUUGGCAUUUGCUCUCGCUCGAUGGCGAUUCUGUAGAAAAGUGUUCGUGUGUUCGUGUGAGCGUAUUGGAAGAAUGCAGCUCUCCGUGUGUCUUGUGAGAAGCCACUGCUGCCACGAUUGAUUUCUGCGAGCAAAUAACAUUUAAAAUUCCAUAAAUAAACUAGCCGCUAGUGUUUUUUUUUGCGCGAUUGUCUUGCGAGUGUGGUACGGGCAAAUAAAACCAGAAGAAGGUUCAUCUUCUUGCCUGCGGUGCAACAUGUAACGGUGCAACGCUGCCAUUCCGUGCUGCCCAACUGCGAAAUGUUUCCGCUGGCACGAACCAACAGCAGCAGCCCAACAAUGCACCGACAGGUGUAGCAACGUUCAGUGGGGUUGGUGAGGAGAAGUAACGCUAUCGUGCUCGGCUGCCAUUAGGCGGGCCGUCGACCACCGUCCGUCGCUGCACAGUGUAGUGGAGUGAAAAGUACGCGCCCAACCCCAACACGGGGCCCAACCACGCACACGUCUAUGCCGUUGGCGGGCGCGUCCAAAACCAAUAAUGGAUGUACGCGGACUCGCCCAGGGCAUUCUGCUGCUGCACAUUCUCAAAGGCGUCAUUCUGCUCGAUCUCCAGGGGCCGGUGUUUUUGGCCGAACCACCGUACAAGGUAGAAUUCUCCAACAACUCUGGCGGCCUCAUCGACUGUACCGGACAUGGCAGCCCGCCACCGGAUGUCGAGUGGUCGGUAGCGACCACCAAUCACGAGCUGGUCUACACGCUGCCAAACGGAAGUCUGAUUUUUUAUCCAUUUUCUGCGGACAAAUUUCGUCACGAAGUUCACUCCACAGUGUAUAGAUGUAAAUUAAAAAACUUAGUCGGCACUAUCUUAAGCCGGGAGGUGCACGUGAAAGGAGUUGUGAACCAAAAGUACAACAUCCAGGUGCACGACGAGUACGUGAUGUCGGGCAAUACGGCCGUUUUAAAGUGUCAGGUGCCAAGCUACAUCCAGGAUUACGUGGUAGUGACGGCCUGGGUGCAAGACUCGGGCGUUCAUCUGUACCCCAACUCGGACAUUGGCGGCAAGUACAUCGUCCUGUCGAAUGGCGAUCUGUACAUCAACAAUGCUGGGGCAAGUGAUGCGUACAAAACGUACUCGUGCCGAACUGUAAAUAGACUCACAGGUGAAAUACAAAUUUCAACAUAUCCAGGUCGAGUGAUAGUGACCGAGCCGAAGGGACUAGUACAACCUAGAAUUAACGUGGAGAAACAUUCGCUCAAGCACGUGGUGGUGAAUGCACCGGUCACGCUGCCGUGCGUCGCCCAGGGCCACCCGGUACCAACCUACCGGUGGUUCAAGGAGGUGAAGGACCAGAUCAUGCCGCUGCCGCUGAACGAGCGCAUCAGCAUCGUGUCGGCGGGCCUGCUCAAGAUCGCCAAGGCCCGGCUCGAGGACAGCGGGAAGUACCUCUGCUGGGUGAACAAUACCGCCGGCGAGGAAACGAUCCAGGUGUCGCUGACGGUGACGGCACCGCUGACCGCCCACCUGCAGCCCCAGGUGCAGACGGUGGACGUCGGGAAGGAUGCCCAGUUCCAGUGCAUCAUAUCCGGCUUUCCGGCGCACGAGGUGCUGUGGAUGCACAACGGCAAACCGAUCGUGCGGGACAGCCGGAUCGAGAUCUACACCGACGUGCCGCGGAUCGUGAUCAAGAACGUGCAGAAGGAGGACCAGGGCAUGUACCAGUGCUUCGUCGCGAACGAGUGGGAGCAGAUACAGUCCACGGCGGAGCUGCAGCUUGGUGAUGCUACCCCGGAGUUGCUGUACUGGUUCUCGGAACAGACGCUCCAGCCGGGCCCGACCGUAUCGCUCAAGUGCGUGGGCACCGGCAACCCACCGCCGCAGUUCACUUGGAAGCUGGACGGUUUUCCGAUCCCCGACAGUCCGCGCUUUGUCGUCGGUCAGUACGUCACCAUCCACGACGAUGUCAUCAGUCACGUGAACGUUUCCAACGUGAAGGAAGAGGACGGUGGCGAGUAUACUUGCGUGGCGCAGAACAGCAUCGGAAGAGUGUCACACAGUGCCAAAGUGAACAUCUACGGGCUUCCAUACAUACGCGAGAUGCCAAAAAUUACGGGCGUCUCGGGGCACGACCUCAUCAUCAAGUGUCCCGUCGCCGGCUACCCGAUCGACAAGAUACACUGGGAGCGGGACGGUCAAACACUACCCAUCAAUCGACGCCAGCGGGCCUACAACAACGGCACACUCAUCAUCGAACAGCUACAGCUGGCAGAGGACGCCGGCACGUACACCUGUAUGGCGCAGAACAAGCAGAAGCAGACGGCCCGACGCAACGUCGAGAUACAGGUGAUAGUGCCGCCCAAGAUUAUGCCCAUCCAGGCGAUGACGAACAUGCUGCGCGAAGGUAUGCGGGCGGCCAUCUCGUGCCAAAUCCUGGAGGGUGAUCUGCCAGUCAACUUUCGCUGGGAGCGCAACGGCAAACCGGUGCUCGGGACGGGCAAUGAGGUGAUCCGGCGGCUGGACGAGUACAGCACGAGCCUGGUGAUCGAGCACAUUACGUCCGAGUACUCGGGGAACUAUACGUGCAUCGCGAGCAAUGUGGCGGGCAGCGAGAGCUUUACCGUGCCGCUGACGGUGAAUGUGCCGCCGAAGUGGAUACUGGAGCCGAAGGAUUCGAGUGCCCAGGCCGGGCAGGACGUGGCACUGCACUGUCAGGCCGGGGGCCAUCCGCAGCCGACGGUGACGUGGAAGAAGGCGAUCGGCAACACGCCCGGGGAGUAUAAGGACUUUCUGUACGAGCCGAACGUGUCGCUGCACGCGAACGGGACGCUACAGUUUCGCAAGAUCGCGAAAGAUUCGCAGGGUCACUUUCUGUGCGAGGCGAAGAACUCGAUCGGGACGGGUGUUAGCAAGGUUAUCUUCCUGAAGGUUAAUGUACCUGCCCACUUUACGACGAAAAACAAACAGAUCACCUCGCCGCGCAACAAGCAAAUCCACAUCCAGUGCAACGUGCAGGGCGACAACCCGAUCGACAUCAAGUGGAAGAUGCAGAGCUCCCAGCAGCAGCUCGACGAAUCGCUCGACAACCGGUACAACAUACGCGAGCAGGUGCUGGACGACGGCAUGGUGUCCGAGCUCGGCAUCUCCCACACCUACCGGCAGGACACGGGCGUCUACAUCUGCCAGGCGUCGAACGCGUUCGGCCAGGACGAGAUGUCGAUCCAUCUCGUCAUCCAGGAGGUGCCCGAAGCGCCCAAAAACCUGCGCAUCAACUCGCAGCAGUCGCGCACGCUGCAGCUCUCCUGGAGCCAACCGUUCGCCGGCAACAGCCCGAUCGAGAAGUACAACGUGGAGUACAAGCUGGUGACGGAUUCGUGGCAGUCGGCCGAGCAUAUCACCGUCGCUGGGACGCAGACGGUCAUAACGCUGCAGAACCUGAAGCCCGCCAAAGCGUACCAUCUGCGCAUCUCGGCCGAAAACAAGCUCGGUGCGUCGGAGUACUCGGAAGUGAUACAGGUUACGACGCUGGAGGAAGUUCCCUCCGGACCGCCACUCAACAUCAAAGGGGAACCGAAGAGUUCGACGGAAAUUUUCCUCUCCUGGGAAGCACCGGACCGGGAUCAGUGGAAUGGGAACCUUUUGGGAUACUACGUUGGCUACCAGAUCGCCGCCAGUCCCAACGAUCGUGACAUCAAUCCGACGCAAGGCUUCAACUUCAAGACGGUUGAGGUGCGCAGUCACUUUGGUGGUGAGACAACGCUACAAAACUUGAACAAGUGCACGACCUACAACAUUGUGGUGCAGGCGUACACCAGCCAGGGCAGUGGACCGCCGAGCAAAGAGAUAUCGCUCGGUACGCUGGAGGAUGUACCUUCGAGCGCACCCGACAGUCCAAAGUGUGAUGUGCUGAGCUCGACCUCGAUCUACAUCACCUGGUCGCCGCCACCGGUCGAUGGACAGAAUGGGAAGAUCCGAGGCUACAAAGUAUCCUACAUUGAGAUGGAUGAUCUUUACGAGAAGGAACCGUAUACAUCGAAAACGAACAAUCAGUAUCUGACGCUGGAAAACCUGAAGAAGUUCACCAACUACACGUUCUGGGUGCUGGCGUUCACCAAGGUGGGCGACGGUGUUCGAACCAAUCCGUUCCAUUGCAUCACCCAGGAGGAUGUACCGAGUGCUCCCAGCGCUCUGAAAGCAGUCCCUUCAUCCAGCACCAAGAUCAUCAUCUCCUGGCUACCACCGGCCCACCGGAAUGGUCUCAUCACCGGCUACACCUUUUACAUGCAGCUCGUCGACGGUGGACGCGACGAGGGUACGCACAAGCGCUCCCUAGUACCGUACGCCGAAAGCCACGAAACGGUACGCUUGCAGGAGCACGCCACCUACCAGUUCUGGCUGACAGCCUCCACCAAAGUUGGGGAGGGUGAAAAGUCCGAAGUGAUCACCGUUCCGCCCAACAACAAAGUCCCUGCCCGGAUCGUUUCCUUCAGCCAGGAGAUUGUAACGCCGUGGAAGGAAACACUGAUCCUACCCUGCCGGAAGGUGGGUGUACCGGCACCCGUCACCAUCUGGCGGCAGGACGACCAGCCGAUGGAUACGGGGACGCGCAAGCUGAUCGCCAAAAACGGUACCCUCUACAUCAAGGACUGCCAGCACUCGGACGCGGGCAACUAUACGUGCAGUGUGGAGAACACCUGGGGCAGGGAUGAGAUCGUGUACCGCAUCCGGAUCCGGGUGCCACCCGAUCCACCGACACUGACGAUCGUCAACACCUACACCGACAGUCUGCUGCUCGAGUGGACGGACAACCGGAACGGUGGCUCGCCGGUGCUCGGGUACGUGAUCAACUACAAGCGCGAGAACGGGGACUGGGAGGAGCUACAGAUCGACUCGAAAACCAACACACACCUGCUGGUGAAUCUGUGGUGCGGCACGCGCUAUCAACUCUACAUUACAGCGUACAACAAGAUAGGAACUGGAUUGCCGUGCGAUAUUGUGCACUCGCACACGAAGGGACUUCCCCCGGUACAACCGAAACAUUCGCAGAUGAUAACGAACAACUCGACGAGCGUGACGUGCUGGCUCGAUUCGUGGGGUGAUGGUGGCUGUGGGAUACUGCAUUUCUCGAUCGAGAACCGGCUGUACGGGCGAUCGCAGUGGAACAUGAUCGCUAGCCAUGUGGAGGCGACGGAGCGGAUCUUUACCGUGACGGAUCUGCAGCCGGCAACAAAGUAUCAGCUGCGUGUGACGGCGUACAACAAUGCCGGUGCUACGAUGGCCGUCUACAACUACACCACGCUUACUGCACAGGGAGUGAUGGUGUAUCCGGAUAUAACGAACCCAGUGUCACCGCACAUGGGUGAGAAUCCGUUCUAUGCCAACGUGAAGGUGAUCUUGCCACUCUGUCUAUCCAUUCUGAUACUGUUCGCGCUCGUUGCUGCGGCUCUGCUCAUACGCAAGCGAAAGCUAAACAACCAGAACCGCAUCCCAUCCACCUCGAUGUCGGAGUCACCGUCGAUCGCCAACAUCCAGAACAAGCACAACCGGGACCAGCAGUACCUAGCGGUGCGGGCUCAGCAAGCGAGCCGGAACAGUAACUCCGUUGACUCGGGCAGCUACAAAGCCGAGGGAAAUGAGUAUAUUGAAGACAUUUGCCCGUAUGCAACCUUUCAGCUGAACAAGCAAACGUACAGCGAAAGUUCAUACAGUGGAAAUGUCUACAGUGGACCAUAUCACUCGGUAAGAGGAUCAUUUGUGUAUCAUGAUGUUAAAACCGAAAGCUAUCAUAACAAAGAGCCCGAAUACACGAAAGUGCGCAGAAAGGGCGGAUCUCGGCUCCGAGAUCCGGCCACCUCGGAACCAAUAGAUAUAAAUCAAUUUAUAGAAUCAGACAAUCCCGGAUCCACAGAUUCCGAAGUUAGGAAGAUACUAACACUUCAUAUACCGAUUACAGAAUAUGAUACACUCGGUUCCGAAUCUGACAACGAUAUUGCCUCGCGCUCCAACCAGUCCAACUACCGUCACCAUCGUGACACGCAAGACGAAACGUCUUCGUCUAGCGAAAACUCUCCCUCGAGCAUAUCGAGAAAAUCCAAACCACCCUAUCCACCGAGAAAGUCUGCCAAAGCACAGUCGCAAAACCUACCGAAGCGGCAUGUGCGUAGCUCUAGCGGGUACUCUAGCCACAACGAAGAAACUACUUUCAGUAUAUCGAACUAUCCCAACUAUUCCGAUCACAUAACACCGCCGGCCCGGUUUUCGGACCUGCUCGGGCGGGACGCCACGCUCGCCGUGUCGUCCGUGAACCCAUCGAGCCUGGGCAGCGCGACCGAGAUCGGUAGCAACGUGGUGGGCAAGAAGUCGAGCAACCAUUCGCCCCGGCCCCGUGCCGGCCAGAAACUGCAGCGGGAAGCGUUUCAGAUAAAUGUGUAAAAAUGUGCGACGACCCGCGGCGAGGUUGAAGUCGUCCUCGAUCGAAUCAUUCCACAACGAUCCACAAAGGACUGAAUGAAGGGGGGAGGACGUUAGUGUUUAGUGUACCCGGGAGAUCUUCCCCUUUCACCAAUACCAAUGUCAUUGUGUGUGGAUCGUUUCUACACACGUGUCCGCACAUAAUCAACGGCUGCCCGCCACGUGAGCAGUGAGUUCACCCCUAACACGCAUGCCAAAACACAUUGUACUGAAGGACGUUUUCCAUCAUCAGCCACCAUCAUGCGUCCUUUGGGAGAAUGCGAACGUUUUAUACGUAUAUUUUUUAUAGACUAUCUUGGCUGCAACGCGCAAGCAAAAGGGCACGAUCUCACACCAAUGCAUGCACUGGAAAUAAUUUUGCUUUGCCAAAACCAACCAACAAACAACACUCAUAUAGUCAAAUCCCAAAUGGAAAAGAAAACCUAAAUGAAUGAGAGAAUUGAACAAAAAUAUUGGAAAAGAAGAGAGCAGCGCAAAACACAA